UCUCGCGAGACUUUACGGGAGGAUAAGUUGAGGGAACAUGGCGACGUCUAAUUUGCUAAAGAACAAAGGCUCCCUUCAGUUUGAGGAUAAAUGGGACCUGAUGCGUCCCAUCGUGCUGAAGCUGCUACGGCAGGAGUCCGUCACCAAACAGCAGUGGUUUGACCUUUUCUCAGACGUCCACGCUGUGUGUCUGUGGGAUGACAAAGGUCCAGCUAAGAUCCACCAAGCCCUCAAAGAGGACAUCCUAGAUUUCAUCAAACAAGCACAAGCACGGGUGUUGAGUCACCAGGACGACACGGCGUUGCUGAAGGCCUACAUCGUGGAGUGGAGGAAGUUCUUCACACAGUGUGACAUCUUACCCAAACCUUUCUGUCAGCUGGAGAUCACGCUGAUGGGCAAACAGGGGAGCAACAAGAAGUCCAACGUGGAGGACAGCAUCGUCCGCAAGCUGAUGCUGGACACGUGGAACGAGUCCAUAUUCUCCAACAUCAAAAACAGGCUGCAGGACAGCGCCAUGAAGCUCGUCCACGCGGAGAGGCUGGGGGAGGCCUUCGACUCCCAGCUGGUCAUCGGAGUGCGAGAGUCCUACGUGAACCUGUGCUCCAACCCUGACGACAAGCUGCAGAUCUACAGAGACAACUUUGAGAAGGCUUACAUGGACUCUACAGAGAGGUUCUACAGAACGCAGGCACCGGCCUACCUGCAGCAAAAUGGCGUCCAAAACUACAUGAAAUAUGCUGAUUCAAAGCUGAGGGAAGAGGAGAAACGUGCGCUGCGAUACCUGGAGACCAGACGUGACUGCAACUCUGUACAAGCAUUAAUGGAGUGUUGCGUCAAUGCUCUGGUAACAUCAUUCAAGGAGACCAUCUUAGCCGAGUGUCCAGGCAUGAUCAAACGAAAUGAGACAGAGAGUGAGUACGGCAGGACUGCUCCCACCAAAGGCUCAGCAAGCUCAGGUUUGCACCAGGAAAUAGCCCUGACCAAACCUUCUUGUGCAGAAUCUGUAGAGCUGCAUCUGAUGUUCUCGCUCAUGGACAAAGUGCCCAGCGGCAUCGAGCCCAUGCUGAAGGACCUGGAGGACCACAUCAUGAACGCCGGCCUGGCUGACAUGGUGGCGUCGGCAGAGACCAUCACCUCUGACUCUGAGAAAUACGUAGAGCAGCUGCUCACCUUGUUUAACCGCUUCAGUCGACUCGUGAAAGAGGCGUUCCAGGACGACCCUCGCUUCCUGACAGCCAGAGACAAAGCUUAUAAAGCUGUUGUGAAUGAUGCCACUAUAUUUAAAUUAGAACUUCCUCUGAAACAGAAAGGGGUCGGUCUGAAAACUCAACCAGAGUCAAAGUGUCCGGAGCUGCUGGCCAACUACUGCGACAUGUUGUUAAGGAAGACGCCACUGAGCAAGAAGCUCACGUCCGAGGAGAUCGAGGCCAAGCUCAAGGAAGUGCUGUUAGUGCUGAAGUACGUCCAGAACAAAGACGUGUUCAUGCGCUACCACAAAGCUCACCUGACGCGUCGACUCAUCCUGGACAUCUCGGCGGACAGCGAGAUCGAGGAGAACAUGGUGGAGUGGCUCAGGGAAGUAGGAAUGCCAGCGGACUAUGUCAACAAGCUGGCGCGGAUGUUUCAAGACAUCAAGGUGUCAGAGGACCUCAAUCAGUCUUUCAAAGAGAUGCAUAAACAUAACAAGCUGGCUCUACCAGCCGACUCGGUCAAUAUAAAGAUCCUGAAUGCCGGAGCGUGGUCGAGGAGCAGCGAGAAGGUUUUCGUCUCUCUCCCCACAGAGCUGGAAGAUUUAAUACCAGAGGUAGAAGAUUUCUAUAAGAAGAACCACAGUGGCAGGAAGCUCCACUGGCAUCACCUCAUGUCUAAUGGCAUCAUAACCUUUAAGAACGAGGUGGGCCAGUACGACCUGGAGGUGACCACCUUCCAGCUGGCUGUUCUGUUCGCCUGGAACCAGAGGCCGAGGGAGAGGAUCAGCUUUGAAAACCUUAAGCUAGCAACUGAGCUUCCUGACGCUGAGCUGAGACGCACUCUCUGGUCUCUGGUGGCGUUUCCUAAACUGAAGCGGCAGGUGUUGUCGUACGACCCUGUGGUGUCUUCGCCCAAAGACUUUGCAGAAGGAACACUAUUCUACGUCAACCAGGAGUUCUCCAUCAUAAAAAACUCCAAGGUUCAGAAAAGGGGGAAGAUCAACCUGAUUGGUCGGCUGCAACUCACCACGGAGCGAAUGAGAGAGGAGGAGAACGAGGGCAUCGUCCAGCUCCGGAUACUAAGAACGCAGGAGGCCAUCAUCCAGAUCAUGAAGAUGAGGAAGCGCAUCAACAACGCCCAGCUGCAGACGGAGCUGGUGGAGAUCCUAAAGAACAUGUUUUUACCACAGAAGAAGAUGAUAAAGGAGCAGAUCGAGUGGCUGAUAGAUCACAAGUACAUAAAGCGAGACGAGACCGACAUAAACACCUUCAUCUACAUGGCAUAGCAACAGCACAUCAAAAAAAAAAACACUCGCUGUUGUUGACUUUCAGUGGAUCAGGCCUGAUGAACACUAGGAUACUUCCAGGCUCCCCCCGUCCUCUAUUUAAAAAAAAAAAGAAAAAAAAGAAGUUGAGCAGGGAGGCAUGAGUUAAAGACAGAGACCUACCUAUUUAAAAAAAACAAAAAAACAAAGUGGAACUUCCUGCCUUAAAGUUGUACAAAGAAAAUGAAAAUGGGAGUCUGCACCAAGUGGUUCUAAAUGUUUUUUAGUCAGAGGGAGUUUCUUGCUGUCCAGGUGAGGCCGUCAUCGGUCAUUUUUUGAUGUAAUCUGCAACCACUACAACACUCCUUCCUGCUCAACGCUCGUGCGAGUUUUAAAAGGAAGCGCUGAGGAACCUCGGAUCUCAAAAUAUCUGCAGCCAAGUUUAAACCCACGACAAAAACCCCAGACCAUCUGAACCUUGACGAAAAACCUCUUCAGUCAAAAGGUGACGCUGCUUUAACCCGGCUGGUUGGGGAGGCCCGAUGCUGUGGUGACUCUCUCUCUGCAGUCGUAGAUAAAGCGAUCAAACACUCAAAUCUGGACAUUCAGUGUGUAUAAAGAGCCAGAAAAGCACUUCACAGUUUGCAGGACUGAACCAUGCAGCAGCAGCAGCGCAGAGCGGGUGGUGUGGGAGUCACACCAAGGAGCUCAGCUCGUGUUUGUGUCAGCUGGACGCCUGAAGGAAGAGGCUGAGGUCAGUAUUACACAUGGUUAAUGCUACAAUUCAAAGCUAUAGGAGAGUGUACCAUGAGAUGUGAAUAAUGAAAUGAUUAAAUAAACCGCACCUUAUUAUAAAAAACGA